AUGCAAGUUCUCCUUCUCCUCGUGGCCGUAGGGCUUUGCGGGGCGCAGUACAACCCCAACACUAAGGCUGGGAGGACAUCUAUUGUACAUCUCUUUGAAUGGCGCUGGGCCGAUAUUGCUCUUGAGUGUGAACGCUACUUAGCUCCUAAUGGAUUUGGAGGAGUUCAGGUUUCUCCUCCAAAUGAAAAUAUUGUCGUUACUAACCCAAACAGACCCUGGUGGGAAAGAUACCAGCCCAUCAGCUACAAGAUCUGCACUCGAUCAGGAAACGAAAAUGAAUUCAGAGACAUGGUGACCAGAUGCAACAACGUUGGAGUUUAUAUUUAUGUGGAUGCUGUUGUCAACCACAUGUGUGGGGCUGCAGGUGGCUCAGGCACCCAUUCAACCUGUGGAAGCUAUUUCGAUGCUGGGAGCGAAAGUUUUCCAGAAGUGCCAUACUCUGGCUGGGAUUUCAAUGAUGGCAAAUGUCACACCUCAAAUGGAGAAAUCCAAAGUUAUGGAGACAUAUACCAGGUUCGUGACUGUCGCUUGAGUGGUCUUCUUGAUCUGGCCCUGGACAAGGACUAUGUGCGCACUAAAGUUGCAGAGUACAUGAAUCACCUCAUUAGUAUUGGUGUAGCAGGCUUCCGGAUUGAUGCUGCCAAGCAUAUGUGGCCUGGGGACAUCAAAGCAUUUCUGGACAAGCUGAGCACUCUGAAUACUCAAUGGUUUCCUUCAGGAACAAAACCGUUCAUUUACCAAGAGGUAAUUGACUUGGGCGGCGAGCCGAUCACAGGCAGUCAGUACUUUGAUAAUGGCCGAGUGACCGAAUUCAAAUACGGUGCAAAACUGGGGACAGUGAUCCGCAAGUGGAAUGGAGAAAAGAUGUCCUACCUAAAGAACUGGGGAGAAGGCUGGGGCUUUGUGCCUUCUGACAGAGCCCUGGUCUUUGUGGAUAACCAUGACAACCAGCGGGGGCACGGGGCUGGUGGAGCUUCCAUUCUAACCUUCUGGGACGCCAGGCUUUAUAAAAUGGCCGUUGGUUUCAUGUUGGCUCAUCCGUAUGGGUUCACACGUGUGAUGUCAAGUUAUCGUUGGACAAGAAAUUUUGUAAAUGGGCAGGAUGCCAACGACUGGAUUGGACCACCUAGCAACUCGGAUGGAUCAACAAAGUCUGUUACAAUCAAUGCGGACACCACCUGUGGCAACGACUGGGUUUGUGAACAUCGCUGGCGGCAGAUAAAGAACAUGGUUAUCUUCCGUAACGUGGUAGACGGCCAGCCUUUCUCAAACUGGUGGGACAACGGCAGCAAUCAAGUAGCGUUUGGCCGUGGCAAUAAAGGCUUCAUCGUCUUUAAUAACGACGACUGGUACAUGAACACCGAUUUGCAAACUGGUCUGCCUGCUGGUACCUACUGUGAUGUUAUUUCUGGACAAAAGGAGGGCAACGCAUGCACUGGAAAGCAGGUGUAUGUUUCCGGGGAUGGAAUGGCUAACUUCCAGAUCAGUAACAGUGACGAAGAUCCAUUUGUUGCAAUUCACGUUGAUGCCAAGUUAUAACUUCAAUCAGAAUUUGUU